AUGACCACCGCAGGACUUUCCAUCACGGAAACUUACACUCCUCUCAAGGCAUUCCCCCUGAAUAAAUUUGUUGCUUAUCCAACAAGACAGUCGCUGCCUGCAGUAUGGAUGCGAUCAGGGACUUCAAAAGGCCUCUUCAUCCACCGCAAAGAUUUACCCGAGUCAGUAGGGCUAUGGGGACCGAUCCUCCUAUCAGCAAUGGGAUCGUCUAAUGGCAAUGGUCGCCAGCUUGAUGGGGUGGGUGGCGCUACCUCGACCACUUCAAAGGUAGCAGUGGUUGCGAAAUCAAACCGACCUGGCAUCGAUGUCGAUUAUACAUUCAUCCAAGUUGCUCCCGAUCAAGCGAAGAUAGACAUGACUGGCAAUUGUGGAAAUAUUGCAUCUGGCGUGGGCCCUUUCUCAGUGGACGAGGGUCUUGUGAGAGCGAAAAUUGGUCAAACCGAGAUCGACGUCCGCAUUUUCAACACUAAUACUGGACAAAGCAUUGUGGAAACAAUCCAGCUCUCUCCGGACGGAACUUGCAAGGAGCAUGGAACUUGUCAAAUCCAUGGAGUGGCGGGUACGUCAAGCCCUAUCAAGGUUGCAUUUCUCAAUCCCGAAGGCAGUAUGACUGGGAAGAUGUUUCCGAGUGGCGCAACACAGGAGAUUCUUACAGUCCAAACCCGGAAAGUGGGAAAGUUACAGGUGCAAGUGAGCCUUGUCGAUGCGGCCAACCCAUUUGUUCUUGUGGAUUCUCACUCUUUGAAGUUGAAUGGCCACUGCACCUGGCCGGGAUUGGCCACAGAUGUUGAGAGUGCAAGUGUCGUUCAAGGCACUCCAAAAAUCGCGUUCUUGUCUCCGCCUACAGACGAAAGUUCGGAUCUAGAUGUGCUUGCAUUCACUAUGGGAAGGCUACAUACCAGUCUACAGCUCACGGGCGCGGUGUGCAUAGGCGUUGCUAUGACAAUGUAUGGCACAGUCGCUUGGCGCUUAGCUAGCGGAGGAGUGGCGAAUAAGCCUCCUAAGCAUGGAAUGGAGGUUGAGGGUAACAAGAUUGCAAGUGCCAUACCAAUGGGAAUUAGGCAUCCAGCUGGGGUGAUACAGGCUGAGGCUGUCUUAGAUUUGGCAAGAGAUGGAACGAUUCAAGUAAAGCAAGUUGCGAUUAUCCGAACCGCGCGUCGCCUGUUUGAGGGCAAUGUAUUUUUUAAAGCAUGA